UACCACUUUGAAUAGCCAAGCCCAUCUUUGCCCGAGUUAAGAAAGAGAUUCGUGGUUGACGGUCUUUCGCUAGUUUAUCGUGAAGGCGAUGUGGACGAGUUGGUGCCAGCUUGUGUAAGAUUCUCCGUGGCGCUUUCAUCACCGGACAAUAAUAAAAGUUCUUUUCGGAGCGAGUGAAGCGGGAAUUGUACGUGGGAGGUUUCGGCGUGUGGAAGAUUGGUCGAGUGAGGCCACUAGCAUUUUCUCUCCAGGUCGCAUCACCAGAGGACUCUACCUCUCUAUCUGACGCUAGCCAUCGUCAAAAUUAUACCAAGCAAAAUGGCGCCUCGCUGUAGGUCAACGUGGAAUACGGCGCCAUUCGUCUGUUUCAUCCUUACAGCAGUGUUCAUUCCAAUUACUUUUGCCAAACCUUUCCAACCGGAGGAAUUCAAAUUAUCUCGAACAGAUGUACUUCACUAUACACAUUUGCCAGAUUAUGAAUAUGUGAAGCCUGUGCGGUUAGGCACCAGACACCAGAGGUCAGUGGAAGAAAGGUCAGUAGCCUCCACAUCAGAAUACUCCGUCGAGGGAUUCGAUCACGUGUUCCACAUCCAACUCAAACAGACUAUGGAUCUAUUCAACGCUGGUCUCCUAGUGAAGCGAAUCAAUGAGAAUGGUCAGGUCAGGAUAGAGCAACCUGAGACAGGGUGUUAUCAUCAAGGUCACCUGAAGGAAAGUGAACACACUUCAUCGGUAUCGCUGAGUACCUGCAAUGGAUUGGUGGGAAUGAUAAGAACCCCCGAAGGAGACUUUGUUCUGAAGCCAUUAAGAGAGGAUCACAUCGUGAAGAUGAAAUCAUCAGAAAAUGAAGUACCAACCCAUAUCAUGUACAAACUAUCUCCUGCAGAUAGGGCUAUCUCUAAAACGAACGCAGAAAGUAAAAGGCCAAAACCAUCAGACUCAGGAAGGCGGGAAACCAGUGGAAUAAAAUAUAUCGAAACAUCAGUGGUGGCAGACAGUAAAAUGUUUGAUUACCAUGGUGAUGAUACAGAGUUCUACAUCUUCACAAUCCUCAACCAGGUUGCUGGUCUCUUCCGAGAUAAAACCUUAUCAGCUGAUCUUCGAUUGCUCGUCACCAGCAUCACCAUCUUCACAGCACCUCAGAGUAAUCUUGACCUGACGGAUGAACUAUCACACUCUCUGAAGAACUUCUGUGAAUGGCAGAAGGACGAAAAAUCGGACAUCUCCAUUCUUCUCACAAGGCGUGAUUUGGAGAUCGGUGGCAACGAUGCUGUCACAGGCAAAUCCAAGGAUAUUGGUGGAGCUUGUGAUCCAAGCAGACGCUGUAUCAUUGCCCAGGACCAUGGUCCUAGCGGUACCAUCUUUACAUUGGCUCAUGAGAUCGGACAUAGUUUGGGAAUAUAUCAUGAUGAUUCUGAGAGUGGAUGUGCUAAUAACAAGAACAUCAUGGCUACAGAUAACUCUGGGGGCAGUGAAGCGUUCCAAUGGUCUCUUUGUAGCAACAAGGAUCUUCUUCAGUUCUUGAGCACCUCUGACUCUGCAUGUCUUGACGAGACCGAGGGUGACUUCCCUGCUUAUAACAGUGAGGUCAUCGUGAUGCCUGGUCAUUACUAUGAUGCACUCAAACAAUGUCAGAUGACCUUUGGCUCUGAGGCUACUGUUGCCGAUGGUUACAUCUAUUCACAGGAUAUGUGUCUGGAGCUACAGUGUAGGGUUCCAGGUAGAUCUGAAGCAAUCACUAAUCAUACCCCAGCAUUAGAUGGAACCAAGUGUGGCACAGGAAGAGGAGUGAUGUGUGUUCAUGGCCAGUGCUUGAAGGUUGUCAGCAUGUAUGACUGUGAAGGAGGAGUAUGUGUUCCAGAAUGGCUAGUAGGUAGUUAUGGUGAUUGUCAGGCGGACUGUUUCUCUUACCGUAAUGUGUUCUGUGUUGAGCGUCAGUUAGAAGGCACCACAGUGCUCGUACCUGAUGAGAGUAGGUGUCCAGAGGACAAGCCCACUGAUAGGGAAUAUUGCUGUGGACCACAGCCCGUGGGAGAAGCCUCGUACCAGAUCUUAAGCGGUCAAUGUUCAGUUACGUGUGGGACUGGUUCUGAGACCCGUGUAGUGAACUGUGUUGAUUCGGAAAGCAACAUUGUAGAUGAUUCAUUGUGUACUGAUGAGCGUCCACCAGAGGUUAUAGAGUGCGCUUCUACCCCCUGUCCUGGGGUUAGCUACGUUCUUUUCUACGAUAACUAUGGAGAGUGCUCUGUGACUUGUGAUACUGGAGUACAGAGCCGUACUGCUUUCUGCGCCACAUCUGAUGGUACCUCUGAGUCAGUUGAGAUCUGUCGACUCCUCUUCUCAUCGGUUGUGACAGAAAGGACUUGUAAUCCUGUGCCAUGCCAAGGAACAGUGGUUGAUACCUUCUUCUACCAAACUUCUCCAAAUGGAGCAUGCUCAGUAACAUGCGGUGAGGGCGUUCAGGAGUUAACAGUAUUCUGUCAAAGCCUGGCUGGGAUGGUUGUUGAUGAUUCCAACUGUGCCAGUCUGCAAAGACCUGCCUCCUCACAGAUCUGUACUCAAGAAAUCUGCACAGAUACUUACAGAUAUGUUGCUACAUCAUUCGGAGACUGUUCAGUGUCAUGUGGACCUGGUUUGCGUAGCCGUUCAAUCUUCUGCGUGAGCGAAUCAAACCAAGUCGUAGACGAUUCUUUCUGUGCUGGGUUGGUGAGACAAGUAGAAUCAGAAAGCUGUAAUCUAACACCAUGUACAAUCACAUAUACUUAUGAGGUACAACCUUUCCCAGAGUGCACACUCCCAUGUGGCAGCCAAUCCUUUGUUAGGGUUGUGUUAUGCAGAUCAUCAGAGGGUGGUGUUGUUAGCAGUACUAACUGUGUUGGUGCUGGCUUGGAAGCCCCUCCUACUACCUUUGACUGUAAUCUAGAACCUUGUGGAAAUUAUGCCUAUGUAGUAGGAGAAUAUGGACAGUGUUCUGCUACAUGUGGCUUUGGUAUUCAGCAGCGUUCAGUGGCGUGUGUUGAUCUUGACAAUGAUAACCAGACAGUGAGUAACACUCAAUGCUCUGAGGCUGCUCCACCAUCGGCCAUCUUAUGUGAUCAAGGAGAUUGCCCCACAGAGUACACAUACCUGACAUCCACCUUCUCUGAGUGCAACUGUGCAGGAAUCCAGACUCGUUUUGUAGUUUGUAUUACCUUCAUGAAUGGAGCUCCUGUAAGAGCCACUGAUCAGGAUUGUACAGACGCUGGUCUACAGCCACCCACUGAUUCUCAACCCUGUGAAGCACCAAUUACUUGCAAUCCAGUCUGGAGAAUCGGUGCAUGGAGUCCUUGCUCCGUUAGCUGCGGCAAUGGUGUAGAGACCAGAGUUGUAUACUGUGUAGAAUCUGAGGAUUCUAAUGUCAUUAUUCCUUCAACGUCAUGUGACCCUGCUGCAGAACCAGCUAGUGUUCAGAUUUGUAACCCUGGGGAUUGCAUAACCUACACAUGGGUAUCUGAGAACUUUGGUGAUUGUUCUGUGACCUGCGGUGACGGUGUCAGAGUACGUAAUGUCCUCUGUUACGCCAUUGCUGGUGGUAAUUUUGAGCCUGUCGUAGGUUCUCUCUGUAAUCCUUUGUUAGAACCACCCAGUGAAGAGAUCUGUGAUCUAGAAGACUGCGGAGGAGUCUAUGAAGCUACACCAUGGAGUGCAUGCUCCGUGACCUGUGCCCUUGGUGUCCAAACCCGUGGAGUGUCGUGCGUGACCAGGAAAGGAUCCGGUGUUGUGAUUGACGAGAUGGACUGCUCUAACAUGACCCGCCCCUCAGAGUCGAGGGAGUGCUACCUAGAUCCCUGUCCUCUACCUUAUGGUUGUGACCAGAGUUACCCCACUGAGGGCAGUACCACCUACACUCUGCAGAGUCCUGGAUACCCAGCUGAUUAUCCUGCUGACCUGGAAUGCAGUAAGAUCUUGGUAGCUCCUGAAGACUUCAUCAUCAGGAUCACAUUCACUGACUUGCUGCUUGAACCAGGAUGUAAUUAUGAUGCUGUUAGGCUUGUUGAUCUGCAAACCAACAGCGCUAACAGUCUUUGUGAUGAAGUUGCUCUCCCCUACGUUUAUGAAUCAACCAGUCCAAUGCUGGAGGUGCUCUUUCUAACUGAUGCCACUGUGAAUAUGAGGGGUUUCUCUGCUACCUACCAAGCAGUCAGAGCUAUGUCACUAGAUUACAUGACUGGCGAAUGGGGAGAGUGUUCCGUAACCUGCGGAGUGGGUACCGAAUCCCGAGACGUGACAUGUGUCGAGGAAGGUGUCGAGGUGGACGUUUCAACGUGUGCUGGUCUCCCAGUCCCACCUGCUACCCGUUCAUGUACUCAGGAAGACUGCCCUCUCCCUGGAGCGUGCGGAGAGAACAUUUUACGCUUAGCACCAGGAUUGGUGACCAGCCCUAGGUUUCCCCGUUCAUAUCCUGUGAAUGUUACCUGUGUGAAUACCAUCCGUGCUCCACCAGGAAACGUCAUCUCCUUUACGAUUGGAUUCCUUGUAUUUAUUAAUGGAGGUGUACCAUGCCAAGAGGGUGAUUCUGUUACGAUCCAAGAUACGAGUUCAGGAGAGCCAGUUAUAUCCUUAUGUCAGAGUACUCCUGCAGAUAUCAUCUCAUUGACCAAUGAAGUUACCUUGACCUUUGUCAGUGAUGGUAAUCCGGCACCACAAGGAACUGGCUUUACUCUACAAUAUUUCUCUGUUUCACCUGAAGUUGAUAUUUGCGGAGGUAACAUCACCACAUCUGGACAGCCGAUCUAUUCUCCAAACUAUCCUGCAAAUUAUGACGACAAUGUGACGUGUGUUACCGAUAUCACCAACGAUGAAGGCUGUAUCAGCAUUGAGUUCUUGAUGAUGGAUAUUGAUAACGGAGACUAUGUGAAUGAUACGUGUAUGGAGGACAGCCUUACAAUAACAGACUAUAACAAUCCAUCUCUAAGUCGGACAUACUGUGGUGACAGCGCUCCAGAAUCACCCUGGCUUUCUGCAUCAGGCAAUGUAAAGGUGUCGUUUACAAGCAACGGUGCAAACUCCAGCCAGGGCUAUAUCGCUAUCCCAACAUUUGUUGAAUGCCCACAAGCAUUCUGGGUUCCACUGCCAUUCGGCAAUUGUUCAGAAAUCUGUGGUGUUGGUAACAGGACCAGAGAGCUGCAAUGUGUUAAUGCGUUGACCAAUGAACUGACCGGCCGUGAUGAGUGCCCUGAUGAAGAGCCCCCGACUACUGAGCCUUGCUUCAUAGAAGAUUGCCCAUCCUGCGAUGUAAGCAUUACUGCGGGUAAUUCACAAAUCACCUUCCCGAUGAGUAAUGAUUACUAUUUGUACAACGAUGAAUGUACUCUGACCAUCACCAACGAGAAUGGAUGCAUGAUGCUCUUCUUUACAUCUCUGGACAUCGAUGAGGGCUUGGGAGACACGUGUUACAAUGAUUAUCUAAUGAUCUUUGAUCCUAUUAACGUAUAUGCUAAUGAGCCUUACUGUGGAAAUGCCAUCAACACCAUGCCCUACAAGACCAUUGGCAACACGGUAGAAUUGACCCUAAGAACAGAAGAUGCUGAGCGUUUCAAGAGCUUUGAAGUCUUUCCUUCAUUUGGAUCCUGUACUCAAUAUGCUUUCAUACCUGGUCCAUGGAGUGAGUGUUCCUUAUCAUGUGAUGGCGGUGUAAGGACCCGUGAUGUUUUUUGUAUGAAUCUUGCCACCCGGCAAACGGAUCGAGAAGCACUGUGUGAAGGCUCACCCUUUUAUGAACCCAUGGAAGAGUGUAAUACAGAGGAAUGCCCUGUUUGUUCAGAGGAUGUGACACGUCCUGGGGUGAUUGUAAGCCCUGGUUUCGGUACAGAAGAUCAUUAUGGGAAUUAUGAUGGUUAUGAUAACAACCUCAAUUGCAUCUACAACAUCACAAACCCUAACUCUACUGAAUGCAUCACUGUCUCAUUCAUCUCAUUUGACCUGGGUCAACCAAGCGAGAACUGCUCCGAUUAUGUCCAGAUUACUGACACAGAAGGAGGUGUAGAUUUUCUAUAUUGUGGGCUACCUGAGAACACCACAGCUCCUGUCUUUUAUUCUCGCUCUGCGAACGUUGAAGUUGUCUUUAGGACAGGUGAAGAUGAAAGGAAUGAUGGAUUUGAAGGCCUUGUCGGUUUUGGAACGUGUCCAGAGUUUGGAUUCAGCGCUGGUAACUUUAGCGAGUGUUCCGUGACUUGUGGAGAAGGUGUUGAAUACCGUAGUGUAGGAUGUACACGAUUGUCUGAUAGUCAAGUGGUCACCGAUGACUUCUGUAAUGACCAAAGGCCAUCUGAUUCAAGACCAUGUAGCUUACCGGAAUGCCCAUCAUGUGACAUGGUACUGACUGAGGAGGGAAUCUUUACCAGUCCUAAUAGUCCAAUGAACUAUGAGGACGACAUGGAAUGUGAAUAUACUCUCAUCUCUGGUGAAGACCAAUGUAUUCGUGUCUCAUUCCUUGGAAGAUUUGAACUUGGACUGACCAAUGGUGAUUGUGAAGCUGGUGAUUAUAUUGAGCUUACUGACGAGAAUUGGGAGUAUCUUGAUGCUACUUACUGUGGUGGCAGCUUGCCACCUGUAUGGCGCUCCAGGUCUAAUGAGUCAUCUCUCACUCUCUACACCGAUGGAGUAGAUACCUUCAGGGGAUUCUCUGCUUACUUGGCCUUUGUUCCAUGCCCGCAGUAUGGCUUCACUGUUGGAGAAUAUGGAGAGUGUGAUGUGUCUUGUGGAAGCGGUGUUCAGACGCGUGAAGUGGAAUGCACUGAUCUCACAACACAAGAAAGUGUAGCUAUGGGACUGUGUACGGACCCCAUGCCUCCCAGCACCACAGAGUGUAAUGAAGAACCAUGUGCUAGUUGUGAUGAAACCUACACAAGCCCUAUUGGUACAAUUAAGCGAGAUGUCUUCAUGGAAAAUGAAGAAUGUUUGUACAAUGUGACGGCUCCAGAAGGACGGUGUGUACGAAUCAUUGGUAGCUGGGAUCUCUCUCCUUUACCAAGCGGAGAAGGAGGUGAAUGUCUGGGUGAUUCUAUCACGAUUGUUGAUGCUGCAUACCCAUUCCGAGUUAUCAGUCUCUGUGGUCGAGAUAAUGGUCAACUUCAAAGCUAUGGUUCAACUGCUUUGAUCUACUUUAAAACGGACGAUGAAGAUCAAGGAGGAGAAUUCCAGCUUUUCUUCGUAUUUAUCACAUGUCCAGAAUAUGGCUUUAUCGCUUCUAAUUUUUCAGAG